AUGCCGGCGACACUGGAACUCAUUGGGCGAGGCCCUAUCACGCUCGAAGCGGCUGUCGCAGAGGAGGAAGAUGUCAUCAAUUGGGCCUCUUACGCGCCCGCAACUCAUCGGCUCUAUCAAGAGAUUUGGGACCAGAGAAAUUCGAUCGAAGCCCUAGUCAAGCAUCACAUGGCCUUGAGCACACAAGACAAAUGCACCGUGCUGCCGCCGGUCCACUGGAUCCGAGGCAGCUUCAACCUUGCCGAAGCUAGAUACCCGGGCAGCAUCGACGAGAAAUUGAGCUGCGAGGCGGGAGCGUACAUAUGGAUCGAAGAGAAGUGCCCAGAGAUCCGUUCGCCGCACUUAUUCGGCUUUGGAUUCAUGAACGGCCGCCAUUUCACCCACACGAAACACAUGCCAUUCUUCCCUCGCAUCAGCCGGCAAUUUUGGCGCUCCCUCUACAAGCUCUUCCGACUCCCGUUACUUUCCCACUAUGUCUGGAACCCCCCGAGUCAUCAAGGGCAUUUUGCGUACAUGGUGUUGGGAGUACCUGGAGGCUAUUCAGGGGCGCGAAUUGGAUCCUUCCAGUUCAAUGAUGACGGCGUCAUCACGCUGACGAACCGACCUCUUUCCUGCUCAAUGAUGAUUUUGGAGAACGACGGCGCGACCAGGACAAUACAUAGGAACGACACAUUUAGUUGCACCGAUGCAUUCGUAUCGGACACGCUCACCUUUCAUGACCACCGCUUUCUUAGCCAGCGAAACGCCGUUUACGAUGAGAACGACUGUCGUGGCCAGAUGGCAGUCAAGACAUUGCUCCGAGUAUUGUCACACAACCACAUCAGACGAGAACUCCGCAGCGGCCCCUUCUUACUUCAGCUUACUGACUUCCACGCGAGCAAUAUUUUGGUUGACAAGCAGUGGAAUGUCACCGGCUUGAUAGAUUUGGAGUGGGUGUGCGCCCUUCCCGCAGAGAUGCUCGAGGUACCAUACUGGUUGACUGGUUGUGCUAUUGACGAGAUUAAAGGCGAGCAACUCGACCGGUUCGAUAAGGUACGACGAGAGUUCAUGCAUAUAUUCAAGGACGAAGAGCAAUUUUGGUGCAGAGACUCAGUGGAUGUUGUUCGCAAGAAGCUUGCAGACAAGCAGGCAUACGACGAGGAGCUUCGAAACUUGUUCGGCAAGUGA